AUGCAGAGCCAGCUUGAGCAGCUCUUGCCGUCGCUCAGGCGCCCGGCCCUCUGCAACUCGGUGCUCCCGGCCUUGCUGGACAGCAUCUGGCGUAUUGCGCAGACGCUGCGCCAAUCGCACCAGGUCACACUCGCCGGCACGGCCAAUGCCUUUGGCGACGACCAGCUCAACGUCGACGUUUCGGCAGAGGAGCUCGUCCGGCAAGCGCUCGCGAGCUGCCCAUCCGUCGUCGCGGCCAGCAGCGAGGAAGAGCCCAUUGAGCGGCCCGCAGGCAGCAAAGGGGACCAGCCGGAACGGUACACGGUCGCCUUCGACCCCCUCGAUGGGAGCUCCAUCAUCGCCUCCAACUGGACCGUUGGCACCAUUGUUGGCAUCUGGGACGGCGCGUCGUCGCUGCGUCAACCGCCGGCCGAUAAGCAAGUCGCCGCCGUCUUGGGGGUCUACGGGCCGCGCACCACGGCCUUCGUCGCUCUGCGCGUUCCCGGCGCUGAACCGGCCUGUGUGGAGAUGGCACUGGGAGAGCAGGGCAAGUGGCAGAUCCUGCGGCCCCAUGUCCGGUUCGCCGACCCGUCCUCCACCGCCCGGUACUUCGCCCCAGCCAACUUACGCGCUGCGGCAGAGAGCCCACCCUACAUGCGCCUCGUCAGACACUACGUGGACGAAAAGUACACGCUGAGGUAUAGUGGCGGCCUGGUACCUGACGUGGUGCACGCCCUUGUCAAGGGCCAUGGCAUCUACCUUUCCCCCGUCACCUUCGCCAGUGGUGCAAAGUUGCGCCGCUUGUACGAGCUGUGUCCCAUUGCCCUCGUCGUCGAGUGCGCCGGAGGAAAGGCAGUCGACCCCGCCAGUGGCGAGGAAAUAUUAUCCCAGCCGCUCGAGAGCUGUGAUGACAGAGCCGGCUUGAUAUGCGGCACUGCGGAUGAGGUUGAUUUUGCGACACGGGAGAUGUGCAGGCCUCACGUCGCCGAGACAGGAGCUGAAGGUCCUCCCGAGAGGCGGUCGACCGAGGGGCCUUAG